AUGACCUCGACGCUGGAUGACCCUCUGCAGUCACCGCAGGACUCCGACUCGGAACAGUCCAUUGCUGUGCCUAAGAGACGGCAUGGCAAGUCCCCACUGGCUUCGGUAGCCAACCUACCAUAUCGCCGGUCGAAUGCUUCUUUGUCGACGCUCUUCGCCUCGACCACCUCGUUACCAUCCAGCCAAAACAAUACUGCUUCGCCAAGCGAGUCCCAAGUUGGAACCCCCACUGCCGGCACAGUCAACGGCUCUGUCUUCUCCCCCGCAGGAUCAACCUUGCGCUCGCCAUCCCCAGCUGCGCACCCGGCACAACUGGGAGCAAAUACCGAGACUCGCGACCUGAUCCUGCGAGCAUACUCACCACAUGUAUCGUUGCUGGCCUCGCAAGAUACGGAAGAGCUCAUCAGGCACAAGGGUAUCAAUGGUGGACUACUGGAGAUACUCAGGCCCUUCGGUGAGCGAGUACAGGGCAAGGUCACAAUCCGUGACAGUAGUGGGGUCAGUCGGUCUUGGGAAGACUAUGGCAUACGAUUUACUGGCGUGAAGGACGGUCUGGAAAGUCCUAGGGCGGCGGAUAGGCAGAGUAUAGACUCGGUUGGUAGCGGAAAGCGAAAUGGUCAGAGGUCAUCCAUGCUGGAAUACAAGCCUGCCAGGCUACGGUCAGGUGGGGAUGUACCACAAAUCGAGGAUUUGGUCGAACGUCACCUCACAUUCGCGGAAGAACAAUCUGGACCAAUCGAGGCAGACUAUCUCAACCACAAAGACACAGAAUCGAGAGAGUCGAAUGCACCAUCUCCUUUUUACCUACUGUAUCUUCGACGCCUGCUCUCUGGCCUUCCCAUGGUACCAUCAGAAACGCUUUCACAUCCAGUGGCAACAGUAAUAGCCAUAUCGUCUCGAUCAGCAAAUCCCAUCGAAGAGCUCCGGAACCUCUUUCAUUCUUCCAACCAAGGCGAGCAUCGAUUGCCACAGUGGGUGCAUAAUGAAUUCUUACGAUAUUAUGUUCUUGUACACGACGAAGACUACGACGAUAUCACGACCUCCAUGAAUUUAUUCGACCAGAUGAAACGGCAUUUUGGCCUGCAUUGCCAUUUGUUGCGGUUACGAAGUACACAAUGUGUACCCUCUGACGACGGCGCGAUCAAGCUCCCACACUGCGAAUGGACAUCUGCAGCUGAAGAACUGGCAGAGAUCGUUCGCCGUGAGACGAGUGAAGAUGAUGAGGACUCAACACCAUGCAUCUUCGAUUCAGACGCAAACGCCAUCCGAGCAUUCGUACGAGAAAUGGUCACGCAAUCUAUCGUGCCAUCAAUGGAACGGGCAUCAGCAACAUGGAACGAUCAGGUAGCCUCUCGCCGACGAGGCUUGAGCGGCCGCUUCAUGUCCCUCUCCAAACGCUUCACCACCUUCGGAGGACGCAAUACUUCUGUGCCGGCCUUAGCUGGUGGCGGUAGCAACUACGACAGCCUACAAGGCUUCUACCGACCAGAUGCUCCAGAAGCUAUCAUGCGAAAACUGGCCGAUUACGGUAUGAUGCUGCGCGACUAUAAGCUAGCGCACAGCACAUACGAGAUCUUAUGCCAAGAUUUCAAGAACGAUAAGGCGUGGAGGUAUUAUGCUGGUGCCAAUGAGAUGGCUGCGUAUCUGGAGACGGCAUACUACUCGUAUCUCAGCCGUGUAGGAGCACCGUACAACGCUCUACGCACGCUUGUGUUGGGUGCGGAACUGCUGAAGAUGCGGAUUGGCAGUGCGUUGGACGAUGCGGCACGCUGGUCUAGUCGUCUCCUCGAGGAUCGAGUGGUGGGUCCGGUCGGCCAUGUGCUUCUCAUGGAACGCAUCGCCGCCUGCUUCACCGAACGCAAAGGCAUCGCGACAGGCCUCACAGAAGGCGAGCGGAAACGGAAAGCUGGUUUCUGGAAUAUGCUCGCUACCGAGGCAUGGCUGCGUACCGAGAAGACGUCUCAAGCGGAGCGGUGCCUGCGUGAAGCGGAGCAACUGUACCGACUCGAAGAACAGGGCGUCGAGUUUGAUGGCAUGCACCGAUCUCUGCGAGCUCUCCAGGAAGCGGUGAAAGCCAAUCGCAACGGACCACAGCAUUUCGAUGGCGCGGAUCUGCUAGGCGACGAUCUCGAACUCCAAACCCAGACCGUAGAAACUCUUCAAGAUCCACUACAGCAGGAUUUCGGUGGUCCCAGGUCUCCGCUACGGGCCGCUUUUGGUCACGGGCAUAGGAAGAGCUUGAGUGCUGCCAUUGCUCCCAUGCAGCCUCCACCGAUACAAACGGAAUUCGGCGAUCCGCUUGGGGUGGUGCCGAGUGCUUAUCAAGGCGGUCUGGAUCUGAACUCUGCAGUCAGUCAGCAUGGCGUCGAUGUACCUGCUGCGAGCCCGAUCGUGGAGAGGAAGACUCCCAGGGAGGAUGGGUUCGAAUAA